AUGAAAGAGAGAAAAAAAAACAGAAACUCACAGCAUUUUCACUCUGUAUCCCUAAUGUGGCUUCUUCUCUGACAACACCACAACUGACGGCACACGUCUUCCUCGUCUUGUUCUCUCUGUAUCACGUGCCCCCUGUGUGCUUUUCUCUGGCAACACCACGGCGACACAGUGAGGGUUCUUCUCUGGAGCGUCCCAUUCUCCAGGGUGUGGUUGUUGUGUUUCUUGGUUUUCUUUCUCCAAAAGAACUCCAACCUUCCUCUGCGUCUUUCUCUGCCAGCAACCCCACACGACACUCCUCCGUCCUCCUCAGGAGCAUCCCAUUUCUCCGAUUGCCGCUCUACAGAGAUGUCAUGGCCGACAACGUCGUAUGCUUCACUAAUUCAAAGACCGUCGACAAUAAAUAUGCAAAUGAAGUCAUGAAAGCAAAUAACUUGUCUGAUGUCGUUGUUGUAUUGCAUGGGCGAGUUGAGGUAAAAUAUAUUGAUAGUUAUUCUGUUACCAUCCAAGAGUUAGAAUCUGUAACCGCCAAAUUUAAGUUCAAUUCUAUGAUGCGAGCACCAUUACAUGGUUUUGCAUUUUGGUUUGACGUUGAAUUUAAUGGGCAUGCAAUAUCAUCAACCAAUUAUCAAUCAACUACUUCAUUUGUUGACAAUCAUCAGAUGAAUGGUAGUCAGAGAAAAAGGCGAACAAACCCAAAUGAAGCACUGGUCUUGUCCACUGCGCCUGAGGACCCUCCAACACAUUGGCAGCAGACAUUGAUAUACUUUUAUGACCCUAUAGAGCUGGAACAAGAUCAACUAAUUGAAGGUUCAGUGACAUUGUCACAAAGCAAAGAAAAUGCUCGAUUUAUGAAUAGUCACCUUGAAUAUACUUCAGGUGGUCGAUCGUAUGUGAAAGAGUCUGUUAUGAGAUGAUGAUCUUUUCACUUGCACGACAUCCUCGGACUGCAGCUUAUAUCUUUUCUGACUUCGUUUCUCCUAUAGAACUGAGGUAGCAGUUUGGUUCUUGAGAAUCACUAAUCUCUGCUUGCUAGAUUAGAAUGGAGCAACUGACGAACUUGUUAGCAUAGAGUUAGGUAAAUCACAUGAAACUUGUUGUAAUUUAUUUGAUACCAAAUACAUCAUUGAGGCGGAUUAUUUAUGUCAUAAUUUGUCCUUUCUAAAGCCUUUAUUGUGGGGCCGACUCGUUUCAAUUUUUUCUUGGAGUCUUAGUGUAGCAUAGGAGCUGUUUUGAACCCGAUUUUAUUUUAUGUUCGUUAAAAAUUGGUAGCAUCGGCCAUUUUCCUGUAUAUUGCGUGUAUUGAUAGAUUUCAGUUAUCAUCGUUGAGCAUC